AUGUGAGCGUCGCGGCACAGACAGCCAGCCGCAGUCGUUUAAGCUCUUCCCAUAAUGCACUCCCCGAUCAUCAGCGGGAAACCAAAAUGGCGAACUUGCUUGGGGAAAAUGAACCGUUUGUUAUUUUCUGAGGAAGCCACAAACCCCGCAUGUUUUCCAGACACGCUUUAGAAGUGAAUUCAGUUGCUCGAAGAGCGGGAUAAGAGCGGCUCUUCUGUCCGGUUAUUUUUGUCGUACGAGUCGUUUGUGGAAACGGAGGUGACCGAAUGAGAGACUCAGGGGUUGUGGAUCACCUGUCUGUGCAUCACAGAGCUCAUCCCCCGCAGCAGCAGCGCCAGCAGCAGGCUGUGUCCUUGUCCCCCACAAGCCUUUCUGCCAGGGGAGAGUAUGGAGAAGACAGCAUGUCUGACAGAUUUUCAGAGGGACAGGAUGUCCUGGCCCGGUGGUCAGAUGGCCUUUUCUACUUGGGAACAAUUGCAAAGAUAGAUCGGGACAAGCACCGAUGUUUUGUGGUUUUUGAGGAUCGGUCAAAGUCUUGGGUUCUUUGGAAGGAUAUUCAAACAGGGGAAGAAGAUGAUGAGGAUGACGACGACGAAGACAUUGUGUGCUCCAUAUGCCAAGACGAGACUUCAGAGGAACCCAACGAGAUUGUCAUUUGUGACAAGUGUGGACAAGGCUACCACCAGCGGUGUCACUCCCCUGUCAUCGAUGCUGCUGUCAUCGACUCUGAUGACAAGUGGCUUUGCUCAGAGUGUGAGCUCACUUCUCUCGCUAAGACGGGUGGUCCACACAGAAGAGGGGCGUCUGCUAAAGAUUUUCUGCAGCAGGAACAGCAGCAGCCGCAGCACAUGGAGCUACACCUGUCCUUCCCAUACGUGCUGGAGGAGCUGGUGUGGGACCACGGCCACAAAACCAACAUCCAGCAGUGCUACUGCUACUGCGGCGGUCCAGGAGACUGGUACCUGAAGAUGCUGCAGUGCAACAUGUGUCAGCAAUGGUUCCACGAAGCCUGUCUCCAUUGCUUACAGAUGCCAAUGCUCUACGGAGAUAGGUUUUAUGUGUUUGUUUGUUCGGUUUGCAAUGGUGGACCGGAGUACCUCAGCCGUCUGCCUCUCAGCUGGAAGGAUGUCGCGCACCUGAGCCUCUACAACCUGAGUGUGAUCCACAAGAAGAAGUACUUUGACUCAGAAAUGGACCUGAUGGUGUACAUCAAUGAUAACUGGGAGCUGCUGCAGCUGGGUGAGCUCGCCAACACUCCACGAUCAGAACGAUAUGAAAAUGUUCUGGAGGCGCUUAACAAUAAUAGCUGCAUGUUCAUGUCAGGAAAGGAGGUGAAGAAAAAGAAGCACUUGUUUGGCCUGAGGAUCCGUUUUCCUCCUGUUCCCCCCAACUGUGACGAGCCAACCAGCAGAGUGAUGGAGAAGGCUUCACAUGAGAUAACCAUCAAGGGAUGCAAGUCCACUAAAGCACUGUCCGCCAUCAGAAGUCCCAGUGCUCUUACCAAUGGCACAGAGAAGAAGAAGAAAAAGAAGAAAAGAAAGAGGAAGCAAGGAGCACGCUCUCUGGAGACUCUGGCUAAACCACAACGCUCCAGUGAGCCCUCGUCCCAGGAAAUCAGGAAACCGCCACCGUUAGAGCCCCAUGCUUUGGAUCACUUUACAUCUGUCAAGAGUGACAGGUCUCUGCUGUCUUUAAAAACUUCAGAUGUGGAAUCCAUCGGCGCCCUGAGCACUUCAGAAACUACCUCAACUAGCAUUUCAAGACAGUCCAGCCUCUGCAGCUCCAGCAAGACGCGUACAGCAGCCCCUAUCAUGCCUGUUUCCCCUCCACCUUUAAAACGGAAACGUGGACGGCCACGGAGGGUCCCCCAGCCCCCCACCCCAGACAUCCCCCCUCCCAGCUACGCAGACCCACACCCCUCAGCCACAGAGUUGUUGAGUUCCCUCCCAGGGCUUCACUCUGCAGACAUAAUUCACGGCAUGGACCCCAACAGCCAGCUCACCCACCUAAAGAGCUCCAUCAGCAACUAUUUUGGAGCAGCGGGACGUCUGGCCUGCGGGGAGAAGUACAAAGUCCUGGCCCGACGGGUCACCCUUGAUGGCAAGGUGCAGUACUUGGUGGAGUGGGAAGGAGUCACUGCCUCAUAGGUUUUUUCACAUGUCGCUCGUCACUUCUAACUUUUCACCAGCACCCGUGGGACGUUUAUGUCUGUGCUGAGGACGUGUGUAUUCAGAGCAUUAACUGAUUAUAUGCCUUUAUUUAGUUUGGACAGGAGCAAGUUCUGCUUACUGUAAAGCCUACUGGUUCAGUCCAGUCCAGGGUGACUUUUACAGUUAUACACACCGUAUAUGUGUUUAAACAGUUUCAUGGACAGCACAAAGUUGUCACAAUAGCACAGCGUUUUUGUGCUGCUGUGAUUCCAACUUCAACUAACAGGUUUGAGUGUUUACAGAGAACAGCCCCUUUAUUCAGAUGCAAUUCAUUCAUCUGUAUACUGCACCUGUAGGCUUUCAGUGACCUGUUAUUGUGCUUAAUCCAGUGAUAUGCUUUCAUUUCAAGACACGUUAAUAAUAACUGUAACGUUGUAUUUUUUUUUUUUUCUUCAAAUAAUAUCUUUAAGUGUUAUCUUGGAGGAUAAGAGAAAGAUGGGGAAGUUUUAUUAACUAAUGCUUUUUUUUUUUUUUCCCUUCCCCCCACCCUACCACCACCACCAAAUGAGGUAAAUAAUAAUCUGCACCCACAGUCGUGCCCCGUCUCUCUCUAGUCCCAGCUACGAGUACCUCUCAGUGCCUUUGGCAGGCAUGUUGUUCAGCUCUGUGUUGGAAAGUGUGCUCGUUUGUGAGCGGUUAAGGAGAAACUCGAAGCAAAAGAGAUGUGCUGCUGCAAAUGUUUGUUUUAUAUAGAAGUAUACUACAUUGAUUAUUACCCUUUCUACUUGUUCUGUCUCUUGACUUUUCUGUUCAGCGGGGCAGUUUUUUGUUAUUUUAAUCAUGGAUUCACUUCACACAUCAAGUUGAUGGAAUAUCCGUUAGGUCGCCAGCUCAUUUUCAGUAACAGUUGGAUCAUUUCAGCUUAUACAAGGCAGUAUUUGUCAUGGAUGGUAACGUUCUCAAUUUUUAAAAAUGUAUUUGUCUACUCCUAAUAGUUUAAAUUCAAGUGUGGGAUUCUUAUAAUUAAUCUCUAAAAUUCACAAGCCCAUAUAUAAGGGCAUUCUUGGUAAAUUGUGUCACUUUGUUUUUGUCUACAUAAAUCUCCUUUUUAAAGUGUUUUGAUUUGAAUUAAAGAACCUAACUUGUUUUUUGUUUUUUUUAAUUUUGUCUGAUAGUAAAAUAAAAUCCUGCAUAAAAUGAAUGUUAUAUACCCACCAGGAGUUCAGAAUUGUUCCCUAUUCAUGUUAGUCCUUGUUAAAGCUGUUUGCGUAUUUAACUGGACCGCAUGACUCAACAGAAGGAAAGUUCAUCGUUAUGAUCAUUUGACUCAGGCUCUCAGUUUUGUGUGCGUCCGUGCGUGUGCGUGUGUGUACAACAAAAAACAUUGCACUUGGGUUUUUUUGUUUUUGCUUUCAUGUCAAGUUCACCUUGUGGUCUACACACUCAGGAUAUGCCCCAAAAAUGUCACUGCAAUGCAUAUGUCUGUUCGCUGUGUGGCAGGAGGUGUAAGUUGUUCUCAUAGUGUUGCUCAUCAGUAUUUUUUAUAUAUAUAUAU